CGGGCGGCGGCGGGCGGCGGCGGCGGCGGCCCGACUGCAGUCCCGGCGGGAGCCGAGCGAGCCGGGGCCGGGCCCGAGCCGGCGCCAUGGGGCGGCGCCGCCUGUGAGCCGCGCCGAGCGGAGCCGCGGGCGCCGAGCGGGGCCGGGCGGGCGGCGGCGCCCGAGGCCGACGGAGCGGCCGGGCCGGGCCGAGCGCGCCGAGCGGAGCGGAGCGGAGCCGAACGGCGGGAGAGGCCGCCGCCGCCGCCAAGAUGGCGGACCUGGAGGCGGUGCUGGCCGACGUGAGCUACCUGAUGGCCAUGGAGAAGAGCAAGGCCACGCCGGCGGCGCGCGCCAGCAAGAAGAUCCUGCUGCCCGAGCCCAGCAUCCGCAGCGUCAUGCAGAAGUACCUGGAGGACCGGGGUGAGGUGACCUUUGAGAAGAUCUUCUCCCAGAAGCUGGGGUACCUGCUCUUCCGAGAUUUCUGCCUGAAGCACCUGGAGGAGGCCAAGCCCUUGGUGGAGUUCUACGAGGAGAUCAAGAAAUACGAGAAGCUGGAGACAGAGGAGGAGCGCCUGGUCUGCAGCCGAGACAUCUUCGACAAGUACAUCAUGAAGGAGCUGCUGGCCUGCUCACAUCCUUUCUCAAAAAGCGCCAUCGAGCACGUCCAGGGCCAUCUGGUGAAGAAGCAGGUGCCUCCGGAUCUCUUCCAGCCAUAUAUUGAAGAAAUUUGCCAGAACCUCCGAGGAGACGUGUUCCAGAAAUUCAUCGAGAGCGAUAAAUUCACACGAUUUUGCCAGUGGAAGAAUGUAGAGCUCAACAUCCAUCUGACCAUGAACGACUUCAGUGUGCACCGCAUCAUCGGGCGAGGUGGCUUCGGUGAGGUCUACGGCUGCCGGAAGGCCGACACGGGCAAGAUGUAUGCCAUGAAGUGUCUGGACAAGAAGCGCAUCAAGAUGAAGCAAGGGGAGACUCUGGCCCUGAAUGAGCGCAUCAUGCUGUCGCUCGUCAGCACCGGGGACUGCCCGUUCAUCGUCUGCAUGUCAUACGCCUUCCACACACCGGACAAGCUCAGCUUCAUCCUGGAUCUCAUGAACGGCGGGGACCUGCACUACCACCUGUCCCAGCACGGGGUCUUCUCUGAGGCCGACAUGCGCUUCUACGCCGCGGAGAUCAUCCUGGGCCUGGAGCACAUGCACAACCGCUUCGUGGUCUACCGGGACCUGAAGCCGGCCAACAUCCUGCUGGACGAGCACGGGCACGUGCGCAUCUCAGACCUGGGCCUGGCCUGUGACUUCUCCAAGAAGAAGCCUCACGCCAGUGUGGGCACCCACGGGUACAUGGCUCCCGAGGUUCUACAGAAGGGUGUGGCCUAUGACAGCAGCGCUGACUGGUUCUCCCUGGGCUGCAUGCUCUUCAAGCUGCUGCGAGGGCAUAGCCCUUUCCGGCAGCACAAGACCAAAGACAAGCAUGAGAUCGACAGAAUGACAUUGACAAUGGCUGUGGAGCUGCCUGACUCCUUCUCCCCUGAGCUCCGCUCCUUGCUGGAGGGGCUGCUGCAGAGGGAUGUCAACCGGAGGCUAGGCUGCCGGGGCCGAGGGGCCCAGGAGGUAAAGGAGAGCCCCUUCUUCCGUUCCCUGGACUGGCAGAUGGUCUUCUUGCAAAAGUACCCUCCCCCAUUGAUCCCCCCACGAGGGGAGGUGAACGCAGCCGACGCCUUCGACAUUGGCUCCUUUGAUGAGGAGGACACAAAAGGAAUCAAGCUACUGGACAGUGACCAGGAGCUCUACCGCAACUUCCCCCUGACCAUCUCGGAGCGGUGGCAGCAGGAGGUAGCAGAGACUGUCUUUGACACCAUCAAUGCUGAGACAGACCGGCUGGAGGCCCGCAAGAAAACCAAAAACAAGCAGUUGGGCCACGAGGAAGACUACGCCCUGGGCAAGGACUGCAUCAUGCAUGGCUACAUGUCCAAGAUGGGCAACCCCUUCCUGACCCAGUGGCAGCGGCGGUACUUCUACCUGUUCCCCAACCGGCUCGAGUGGCGGGGCGAGGGCGAGGCCCCGCAGAGCCUGCUGACCAUGGAGGAGAUCCAGUCGGUGGAGGAGACGCAGAUCAAGGAGCGAAAGUGCCUCCUCCUCAAGAUCCGAGGUGGCAAGCAGUUUGUCCUGCAGUGCGACAGUGACCCAGAGCUGGUGCAGUGGAAGAAGGAGUUGCGAGACGCCUACCGCGAAGCCCAGCAGCUGGUGCAGCGGGUGCCCAAGAUGAAGAACAAGCCGCGCUCGCCCGUUGUGGAGCUGAGCAAGGUGCCACUGAUCCAGCGCGGCAGCGCCAACGGCCUCUGACCUGCCGCCCACUCGCCCGGCCGCCCUCCUGCCCGCCCGCCUUUUAUAAACCUCUAAUUUAUUUUGUUGAAUUUUUAUUAUUUGUUUUCCCGCCAAGCGGAAAAGGUUUUAUUUUGUAAUUAUUGUGAUUUCCUGUGGCCCCAGCCUGGACCAGCCCCCAGGGAGGGGCCCGCUUGCCUUGGCUCCUGCUGCCACCCACCCAGCCACUGUCCAGCCACCUCACCCUGCCCCCAGGGGCCUCCUCUCCUGGUGUCUCCCCCACACGGGGAGGGCAGCAGCCCCCAGUGCCCUCCCACGCUUCCCCAGGGAUGGUCGCCUGGAGUUGGGCCUGCUGUCCCUCCUCCCCAGCUCUGUGCCCACAGCACAGCUGGGUGGCCCGGCGGCCCCACCCAGGGAGGCGCGGCACAAGGAGGCUACUUGAAGCUCCCACCGCAGCCCCUCCUGCAUCGACUGGCACACAGGCCUGCACUGACCUGCCCUCCAGCCAGUCGGUAGAUAAGGGAGCCUGUGGACUCGCUGACCCCAGCGCCUCCCACGUGACUUAGGCUCCUGCACCCUUUCUUGGGAAGAGCCGCCGUGUCACUGACUGCCUCCACUUGCACCUUCCCUGGAUACAGUGGGACCUGGCCAGGAGGGUGGCAUUGGCAGUGGCUGCUGCUGCCCCCACCCCAGCCCCCUCUUCUUCCCACCCAAGCGCCCAGGCUCAGGGACCACAGAAAGGCACCUUCGGGGCUGUGCCGCACUGGCCUCGCCUGGCCCCGAGCCCCCUUCUUCUGGGCUGGGCGGGGCCUCUUCUGCUCAGAACCAUUGGGGGCUGGCCUGGGCCGGCCGGACGGCACAGUGUGAGGGGCGGGUGGGGCAGCCCUCCCCACUCCAGGUCGCUCAGUGCGCCCCUCGCUGUCCAGCCCCACAUCCUGUCAGUGCCACCGCCCCCAGGGCGCCACCUCGCCCGCAGCAUGCCCCCUCGUGCCAGUCGCUGCCAUGUGGUGUCGCGCCCUCCCCCGGGGUUGGGUCGGCGGGCCCUCCCCUCCCAUCUACACUCCCCGGGGCGUUCCUUUGCCGAUUUUUGAAUGUGAUUUUAAAGAGUGAAAAAUGAUACUAUGCGUUUUUAUAAAAAAUAGUGCCUGA